AUGGUACGUUUUGUCGCGAAAUAUUGAUAGCCAGAUCCUUCGUCUGUCCUAAUAUAUGUUUAUUUCUGAUAUUUAUUUACAGCCAAUUGGGAAAAGUUCAAAAAUAUUGCAGCAUAUUAAUUAUCGCAUGCGAUGCACUCUUCAAGAUGGACGUGUUUUUAUCGGAUCUUUCUUAGCUUUUGACAAACACAUGAAUUUAAUACUUGGUGAUUGUGAUGAGUUCAGAAGAGUGAAGUCAAAAAGCAGUAAAGGCGCGGAUAAAGAGGAGAAAAGGGUUCUAGGUUUGGUUUUGUUGAGGGGUGAGCAUUUGGUCUCUAUGACAGUCGAAGGACCGCCCGUGUCAGAUGUAAGUGUUUUGAAGUAAAUGUGUAUUAAAUUUGAUUAGAUUCUCUGACGUUUAGAACAUAGAAAAACUAUAGAAUUCUGCUAUUGGAAAUGAUAUUUCUUUAUUGCAAGGAUGAAAUGUUGAGGGUCACCUUUUGUCCCCAUUCUAUGACAAGUUCCCCAAUUGCAGCAUGAAAUCUAUGGACAAUGACAAUUACAGAAAACAUCCAGACCUCAACAGAGGAAACUGGAACUUAAUUGCCAUACCCCCUUUGGACAUCAUAAUGCAUUUGACUAUUAUUAAUUGCCAGAGAUUUCGAAAAUUUAAUAGGAAAUAUAUAGAAAGCAUCAAAAUUGCAUCGCUGAUAUCUCCGCCGCGUGAUACGAACUUAUAAAAUAACAUGUAUAUAACGCGUAUUCUGAUUGGUCGAAAGCCGUGUUUGGAUCAGGCCAUCCAAACACGGAAGACUACCGUGUUGUUGUUAUUUUAUAAAACAAUUACUUUAUGGUUUCCGUGUUUGGAUGGACUGAUCCAAACACUUGGGAAUGUUGCUCGAGUUAAGAAAAGCGGGCAAAAUCACUCGCCUUCGGCUCGUGAUUUCGCUCGCUUUUCUUAACUCUCGCAACAUUCCCGCAUGUUUGGAUCAGGCCGUCCAAACACGGAAACCAUAAAGUAAUUGUAUAUUUCCACACUGGAUUUUUGCCCUUCUCCGGACAGUAGAAAUUUCUUCCAUGGGAGGGAGUGUGGAUCUUUUCUGGAAUGACCCAAGAACUUAAACUUUUUAUAGGAUAAACCACGUCUUCCCAAUACAAGUGCUACACCAGGAAGUGGCAUGGGACGAGCUGCUGGUCGAGGUGUAGCAGUACAACCUCAGAUCUCUGCACCCGCAGGUUUGUGACGUUGCUUCAUUUCAUGUGUGUGAUUUUUUGUUGAUGUUUGUAACAAUUAUUCAGAAUAAAUUUUCCUUUCUAAUUUAUUUUUCUUUUGUAGGUCUGAGUGGCCCAGUGAGAGGUGUUGGAGGUCCAUCACAAGAUGUCAUGACACCUCAAGGACGAGGUGGGCCCGGAGGAGGUGGGGGAAUAAAUUAUGUACCAUGAGUGAUUUGUUAGUGAACAAUGACAAUGUAGAAACUGACGUAACUUCUUGUUCAGGUCGAAAUGAACCUCCACAACGAGGAAACGCACCGCCUCGACCUGGAGGUCCUCCUGGUAUGCCACAGGGUGAGUAGAAUGUAUAUUGCAUCAUUCCAGAAGACGUCUCCACCACAGACGUGCAGAUAUUUUGUCCCAUCCAGACACCCAAUGUUACCAUCAGAGGUGGAAAUAAACACAUUUUAAUUUUAUGAAUUAAAGUAUUUUUAGCAUAUGUAGUGAUUAGAAGUUUUUGCUGUUUGUUAUUUUAUUUUCAUCCUGAAAUGAUGUGUAAAAAGAAGCAUAGAUAUUGAAGUCUCACUUAUCAGUGUUGAUUUUUAUCUACAGGUCCCCCUGGUAUGAGACAACCAAUGCCCCCUCCUGGAAUGAUGGGUAGAGGAAUGCCUCCCCCUGGAAUGCCUCCACCAGGGAUGAGACCCCCUCCUGGAAUGCAAGGUCAAGGUCCACCUCCACAUAUGCAAGGCCAACAAAUGCCUCCUCCAGGGAUGCCCCCACAAGGUAAGUGUUAUACUUUACUAGCCAAUGUUGUAAUCAACAAAUUUUAAUGGCUUUUGCAUGAGAAUAGUAGCAUCCAUUCUAGUUGCAGUGAUCAGAAUAUUCUUUUCAUUGUUCUGAAAAUCUCCUUUUUCAGGUCCACCAAGGAAUAUGUGA